CCCCGGACAAAUAAGAUGCAAGCUUGCACAAAUAACAGAGACCAUACAUAUAAUGGAUGUUCAAACGGUUAAAAUGAACAGCCUUCAAUGCACUUCCGCAGCACUCUCCCUCCAAUCAUCGGCGACAGUCACCACCAACGCUACUCUAAAAAAGGCAUUACCGGACAACGUUGAAGAAAAGCUUCAGGAGGAAUCCGACAACGUUAAUCGGGACUGCAGCAGUCCCGCUAGUUGUAACUCGAGGCUUGAAAUGGAGUUCAGUGAGCUUGCAAACUAUAAUAGUGGUUCUCUUACCGCCAGUGGUAGUGUGGGAAAAUCAAACGGCUCGCUGAGCGCCGCAUCUUCAACCUCUACCUCUGCGGCGCGUCUUUCAACAAAUGUCAUUGAAGGCGAUGGAACAAACGGAACAGCAAGUGCAACGUCAUCUUUGGGCGUCUCAUCUGUCAGUGCAUCCUCACAUAUCAAAAAACGUAUUUCGAGCAAUCGUACACCGACUCGCAAGGCGCAUAGGAUUAAAUUCUAUCGCAACGGCGAUCGUUUCUAUCCAGGCAUAACCAUUCCAGUGUCUAAUGAACGUUAUCGGUCGUUUGAGAGUCUCUUCGAGGACCUAACUCGAUUGCUGGAGGAGAAUGUCAAGAUACCGGGAGCCGUUCGCACCAUCUACAACAUGUAUGGAAAAAAGAUUAUUGCACUGAAUGAGCUGGAAGAUGGCCAGAGCUACGUUUGUUCCUGCAAUAACGAGAACUUCAAGAAAGUAGAGUAUAAUACCAGCUCCCAGCCGUUGGCCAAUUUGACGUUGGCAACCAACAAUAGCCGCACGAACAAUCAGCGGUUGGCCAAGCUUCAGCGCCCUUCCUCACCAUUAAAGAACGGAUCUUUACUGUCUAGUACCCUAGCUCCAGCUGUAGGCAAUGGGAGUCCUUUCAACACGUCUCGUUGCACUGAACGGCUCAAUGUGGUUUAUCCUCGCAUUGUGACAUUAAUACGCAAUGGAACAAAGCCACGACGCAUAAUGCGCUUGCUGCUAAACAAACGAAACAGUCCAAGCUUCGAUCAUGUGUUGACCGCCAUCACCCAAGUGGUCCGUCUGGACACAGGCUAUGUGAGAAAGGUCUUCACGUUAUCUGGCGUAUCUGUGGUGCAGCUGGCUGACUUUUUCGGCCCGGAUGACAUUUUCUUUGCUUAUGGUACAGAGCGCGUUAACUCCACAGAAGAUUUCAAGUUGGAGGUUGAUGAGCAACGGGCGAUCAAUGCCAUUCGCAAGACCCUGCGCACGGCGGGUACGACCUGCAAAGGUCCCAAACCCAAGAUGCCAGUCAAGAGCAAAAAGAUUUUCGCGCCAACGCUAGAUUCAGAUUCCGAAUUCAAGACGGCGCCGCUCACCGUCACCGAGGUUGAUGAUGAUCAAGCUGCGUUUCUCAAAGGCACUGGCGUUGGAAUCGGGGAUUUGCCAUUAGCUAUUCGCGAUCAAUACACACUUGGCGAAAUAAUUGGCGACGGUAACUUUGCCGUUGUGCUAAAAAUAAAGGUGCGUGAAACGGGUGAUACCUUUGCCCUAAAAAUCAUCGAUAAGAGCAAAUGCAAAGGCAAGGAGCAUUACAUUGACGCUGAAGUUCGAGUUAUGAAAAAACUGGAUCACCCGCAUAUAAUAUCACUUAUAAUGGAUGUUGACCAUCAGGCCAAUAUGUAUCUUGUACUAGAGUAUGUGAGUGGUGGUGACCUUUUUGAUGCGAUCACGCAGGUGACGCGCUUUUCAGAGACUCAAUCACGCAUAAUGAUCAGGCAUUUGGGCUCAGCCAUGUCUUACCUACAUUCCAUGGGUAUUGUACACCGAGAUAUUAAGCCGGAGAACCUCCUCGUUGAACUGGAUGAAUAUGGAAAUGUUGUUGAACUAAAACUAGCUGAUUUUGGACUAGCCUGCGAGGUAACAGAACCACUUUAUGCCGUCUGUGGUACGCCCACUUAUGUGGCACCUGAAAUAUUAUUGGAGGUGGGCUACGGAUUGAAGAUUGACGUAUGGGCUGCUGGUAUAAUUUUGUAUAUAUUGCUGUGCGGAUUCCCACCCUUCGUGGCACUUGACAACCAACAGGAACCUCUCUUCGACGCAAUUAUAUCAGGAGUUUACGAGUUCCCCGAUCCAUAUUGGUCCGAUAUAGGAGACGGAGUGCGUGAUCUAAUCGCCAACAUGUUGCAGUCCGACCCAGAUGUCCGCUUCACAAGCGAAGAUAUUUUAGAUCAUUAUUGGACGAUGGGCAACGAGGAAAAUGGCUGCGGCGAUUAUAACAGCUGAAUUAUAAUCGUGUGGGAUGUUUAUUUAAUUUCAUCGCCCACUUUUCACCUUAUUAGAAGCAUUGAAUCAGAAUUAGCUCUUGUAUUACCUAAGUAUGUUAGAAUGAUUUUUUAUGGGCCUUAAUUUAUUUAUAUAUAUAUAUAUAUUUUAACACAAGCACUAUGUAAGAACAGUUGUGUUGCUGCGAUUACCAAAACUACUUAAUGAGCAGCAAUCAGUUUCUGUCAAUAAACAGAAACAUUCAGAAAACAUUUCGUAAAUUACAAUAAACAAACCGUUUACGGUUGAUAUCGCCACAA